AUGCAGUUCCUCACCACCAUCUCUCUCCUCGCCGCGGCCGUCACCUCCGUCACCGCCGCCCCCACCAUCAACCAGUACACCGAGGUGAUGGGCAAGGUCAACUUCGCCGUCGACCGCCAGUGCCCCAUGGAUAAGAUCAAGUUCCCCGCCAUCGAGUUCCCCGCGGGCACCGAGAGCAACCACUGCCGCACCUUCUACGGCGGCGCGGUCCACGCGUCCAUCGACGUCGAGUUCUUCGAUCCCAGGUGCCAGCUCACCGUUUACUCCACCUACGACUGCUCCGGCGAGGGUAUCGUCAGCGGCACCGGUGGCUGCUGGAGCCCCGAGGGUGGCAUCAAGGCCUACAAGGCUACCUGCCCCUGGAAGUUCUAA